AUGAGUGAUUUGGCUGAUGAAGACAAGGGUCAAUUAUUAGAUUAUAUGAAUAUUCUUAUUCAGCAACAACCAUUACGAGAAUAUUUUGCGUUAUUCCUGUCAGAUGGGUUUUACUUUUACGUAAUGGCUUUUGAUAGGAAAGUUAAUCAAUACAAAGAGUUUACGACCACUUUCAAGAUUGGUUUGCGCCUUUUUUGGGUGUUACUCAAUGACGGAUCACCUUUUACAAAAAUGUCUGGUCCCAAGAGUGUCAACUUCAGUACACCAACUUCAAGAAUAUGUCUAAAGAUGUAUUUAGGUACAGGUUUAUCGUCAACAGUAUAUAUGAUUGACAAAGAUGGGGUUCCAUCUGCUAUAAAGAUUUUUAAGCAAGGCUUUAACCCAGAUAAUGAGGUGAACAUUCUAAGGUACUUGAAUGAGAAAAUGAUUCAAAAUAUUCCGACAUACAUUGCGCAUGAUAAAAAAUCAAUGAUUAUCACCCCGGUUGGUGAGAAAAUCAGUUAUCAAUUCCGGCAACAUCAUGCUCUACAGCUCCUUAACCUUUUAAGAUGUAUUCAUAAUGAGGAAGUUUUCCAUCGGGAUGUACGUCCAUCCAACAUAUUAUUGGAUACUAGCGAUAAUGUUAUACUUGCUGAUUGGGGUUCAGCAAUCCGCAAACCUUCUAAUGAACUAGUGCCCUACGAAGGAACAAUUUCAUUUGCCUCACCAGAUAUUUUAAAUAACAAUCUAGAAUCACAUCAUUCUAAAGCAUCUGAUGACUUGCACUCCUUCGUACGUACACUGUUCAUCCUACAUAAUCCAAGAGAUUUGCCAAUUCUUCCUGACGAAGAUCUUUCAACAAAAGCACAGUCUGUUAUUGGAUACUGGAAUGAUAAACUGGAUGGUGAGUUGUGGACGGAAAUGGUGAAUGGGGCAAGUAAUCAAGACUACGAUGUAUUGAAAAAAUGUUGUUAUGUUUUCAAUCGAUAA